GGUCAGGCUGGUAUCGAACUCUUGACCUCAACUGAUCCACCCGCCUCAGCCUCCCAAAGUGCUGGGAUUUCAGGCGUAAGCCACUGCGCCUGGCCAGGUAGCGCGAUCUUUAAGGCCUGGCUUGCAGGGCUUCCCAGUUCCAAAGGAGCAGACCAGGCUUCCAUGGGGCCUUGGCACAGCACACAGGCCAUGGCGAGAACUUGCUUCCUGCACACCUGAGUGUGUCCCUGGGCAGCCCAGCCAGGACUCUCUCCCUCCCCAAGACCCUGGUCCCUGAAAGAUCCUGAAUAUCCCCGGAUGCCUCCCAACAGGUGCUUUGGGCUCUUUGACCAGAGUCCAGCUGGGCCUCUGAACUCCUGGGCCAGAUGUUUCUCCCGCCUGCCAAUGUCGAGCUGUCUGGAGGACAGCGCUGGGGGCGGAAAACGCCGCUGGAGACACUAAUCCUCUCCUGGGCUGGGCCACGGAGGGUAGAGGGAGACAGACUCCGAAGCAAAUGCCUUCAGGGCUGGCUUUCUCGUGGCUCUAAUUAAGCCCUUGCCAAUUUGGGCCUGGCGGCCUCAUCUUCCCACUGAACAUCAUAUUAAAGUCAAUUGAUGUCCAAAGCUCUCCGCUCCCAGCUGGGAAGCCUUCAGCCCUUGUUAGCUGGGAGCUUUUCCUUUUCUUUCCCCGCAGCCACCAUUGUGUAUAAUCCCUUCCAGAAGCGGAAACAGCAGCCCUCCCCUGUCCCCCUGGGUGUCUCCUUUGAAAUCUGGGCACAGGACAGUUCUUUGCCAGCCCUGCCUGCCUUCCUGGCUGGGUGUCCUGUUAGUCUAGGGGCUGGGCACUGUGGCAUUUGGGGGCUGAUUCAUGCUGGGGUCCCUGGUGAAAAUGGGCCCAGGCCAGGGGUCAGGAAGGUAGAAGGGCAGUGAUCGGGGAAGCAGGUCAGAUGCUGGGGGUGGCUCCGGUCGCUGGAGACACUAAUUCUCUCCUGGGCUGGGCCACGGAGGGUAGACCUCCUCCUUCCAAGGCCAUCCAGAGCGGCUCCCCAGGGGGCGGCACACCCCACUUCUUUAUACAGCCUUCCUUUUCUACAGGAGGCAUUUACAGGAGGCAGGGGUAGCCAAAAGAUUGGAGGAUUUCAGGGAAGCCUCCAAUCUUUUGGAUUGGGGCUGGACAGGAAGGAGGCCUUCCAGAACACUUCUGGACACAUCUAAGAUCUUGGCCGGAACACGUGCCCCACUCUGCAGCCAUUAGAGACAUCAGCUCAGAGAGGUCUGGGCCCAGAGACGGGACCUGGUCUAGCUCUGUCCUUCGGUCAGAACGGGGAUCACACAGGGAGUGUAGAAGGGUCUCGCUGAAGCAUAUGCAGAUUCUCAGGCAUGAGGCCACCUCCCAUCUAUCUGGCUUUAAGUCUGCAUGUGCCGUCCACAGACCGCAAUAGUGUAGAUGCUGCCUCUGUAGUAGAUUUGGACCCAGUUCCUUUGGCCAGUGUAGGCAGAGCCUCUCCUAAUAGUGCUGCUGCUUUACGGGGCCUGUGGGGUGCGGGGCUGUGAUGCCUCAGUAAGUGCCCAGCUUCCCUCAGCACCACCCCCUCACAUAAUUUGGUUUCUUCUCUUCUUCCCCCCAAGAGUGGACCAGGCCAUCUACGGCUACCCCUGUCUCAAGCCGGUGGUCCCAGGUGGCCGCCCGUGCAGAAGGUAUGGGGGCAAGGCCUGUGAUGGGCCUGAGACCCCGGGGAAGCGCCCUCUUAGACUCAUAGGCCCCUCCCCCUGUAGUGGAAGUAGCAGGGGUGCGUGCUGGGGACCUGGGGUCGGGGGGGUGGUGUGGCGCAGCAACCAACUGAGGGCACGGGUGUAGCAUGUCGGUGCCUGGGAAGCUCUAGGGCAUGGUGGUGAGGGAGCGGCCUGGUAGAGCAGGUCUACCAGCUCUGCCCCCAAACUUCACCCGCUUAGAGAGGUUCCACAUGGCACCGCCACGCCAAGCCCUUCCACCAGCACUCCCUCCGAGGGCUUCAGAGUCGAGUGGAGGUCCUGCCUCCCACGACAGGAACCCCCCUUUCCAGCUCCCCCUUGCUCACAGGACACCACGGCAGUUGCUGGAUCAGAGAGAGUCAGAGGGGCUUCCUGCAGGAGCAGGGGCCAUGAGACCUGGGAGGACUGCGGCGGGUGAAGGGGGAAGGUGGCAUAUUCCAGGUCGCAGGACCAGCCAGGGCAAAGGCUUGGCAGUGGGAUGGCAGGGAGCCUGAGAAAGUGGAAAAUGUGUGGGUUAAAGGCGGGAAGGGGGUGUCCUGGAAGACACUGACAUCCUCCCGUUACAUGGGAGGAGACGCACGGGCUCAUCUGUAGCCGCAGACAGACACGCCGAGGAAACGCGCAGGCCUGCCUGACUCUCCUGAAGGGAAAUUGUCCGUGGCCCCAGCUCACCAAGCCUGGGCUGGGAAUUAGGGCCUGAGGUAUAGGGAACCGGUGAGCUGUUCCUCCAGCUCACCUGUUCAAAUUCCCUCCGGUCCCUCCGGCCCCAGCUCUGAGCAGCGAGCCGGGCUUUGAGCGCCCUCUACUGGCAGGAAGCUCUGGCGCUGGAAGCAUAUUUAGAGAGAGUCGGAUGGUUGGUUCCUAGAAACCUGGAGGACCUGGGUCUGGUGUCCUCUCUGGUGAUCAAGACAAAGCUGACGGGAGCCAUCACUUCCCUACCCUGGGCCCAACAGGCCACCGCAGACCCCCAUAGGGAAGCCAAGGCAGUGACGCUUCCGGAACAGUGGCCGGCUCACGCACAGAUAGGGCCCCGGGGCCCCGGUGGGAUUCUGGGCAGGGCAUCACUGUUCCUGGAUUGACAGCACUUGCGAGUGGGACUCCAGGGACAGCGAAGGAUUCACUUUGGCUGGAGCAGGAAGAUUGUUUCAGAAAGGAAGGGAGAUGCCAAAGUCCUUAAAUGCCAGGUUUAGUCUCUGGGUUUGAUGCUCCAGGAAGUUUGAAGAGGAGGUGGGGAGAGCAAGAGACAGUUGUGCAACACGAUAUCAAUCCGUCUAAAAGCCGUUCGGCUUCCAAGAAGGCCUUAGCAGGGCGCGGGGAGUGUCAGGGGUUACAGAAGUCAUUUGGGGGAGUAAUCCAGCCAGAUGUGUCCAUGGUCUCAGAUUGGGGACCAAGGGCAGGGCUGAUGUGCGAGCUCGGGAUGUGCUGUGUUUCCUUCAGGAAGGGGCCCCACCUCCCUGGGCUCUUCGAGGAGAGGGGCUGUGUGAUUUGAGGCCAGAGGGGCCUCUCCCUCCCUCACAUCUGAGCAGGCGACAAGGCUGCCUGCCCUAGAGCUGGCCCAGGGCCGCUUGGAAGCCUUUGCUGGGCUCUUCCCUGGGCAGUGGGACCAUGGCAGACGAAAGAACCUGUUUCUCAUCUCUCCAAGCUGUGGGCACCCCUGCUGCUGCCCCUGCCCCCGCCAAGGGCUACAAACUUUUCCAGCUCAAGCCCAAAUCUCCUCAAGUGAUGCCUAUUGAAGAAUUCCAAGACUGCGAAUGCUACGGUCACUCCAACCGCUGCAGCUACAUUGACUUCCUGAAUGUGGUGACCUGCGUCAGCUGCAAGCACAACACGCGAGGUCAGCACUGCCAGCACUGCCGGCUGGGCUACUACCGCAACGGCUCGGCAGAACUGGACGAUGAGAACGUCUGCAUUGAGUGUAACUGCAACCAGAUAGGCUCCGUGCACGACCGGUGCAACGAGACCGGCUUCUGCGAGUGCCGCGAGGGCGCGGCGGGCCCCAAGUGCGACGACUGCCUCCCCACGCACUACUGGCGCCAGGGCUGCUACCCCAACGUGUGCGACGACGACCAGCUGCUGUGCCAGAACGGAGGCACCUGCCUGCAGAACCAGCGCUGCGCCUGCCCGCGCGGCUACACCGGCGUGCGCUGCGAGCAGCCCCGCUGCGACCCCGCCGACGAUGACGGCGGCCUGGACUGCGACCGCGCGCCCGGGGCCGCCCCGCGCCCCGCCACCCUGCUCGGCUGCCUGCUACUGCUGGGGCUGGCCGCCCGCCUGAGCCGCUGAGCCCCGCCCGAGGGACGCUCCCUGCAUCCGGGGGUCCCGGGGUCCCGGGGCGGGGCCGGCGUCCGAGGCCGGACGGCGAGAAGGGUGCGGCCCGAGCUGCUCCCAGGUGCUACUCAGCAGGGCCCCCCGCCCGGCCCACGCUCCCGCCCGCACUGCCCUCCCCCCGCAGCAGGGGCGCCUUGGAACUCCGGUCCCCGCGCCUGCGAUUUGGUUUCGUUUUUCUUUUGUAUUAUCCGCUGCCCAGUUUCUUUUUUGUCUUUCUCUCUCUCUCUUUUUUUUUCGCUGGCGGUGAGCCAGAGGGUCGGGAGAAACGCUGCUCGGCCCACACCCCGUCCUGCCUCCCACCACAGUUGCACACACAGGACUGUGGCCGACGACCCCUGGCCUAUGCCGGGCUCACGGGCGGCGGCGGACCCCGACCUCCAGUUGCCUACAAUUCCAGACGCUGACUCGGUCCUGUUUUCUAUUCUUUCUUUAUUUUUCCUGCAACCCCAUCAGACCCUAGGCCUCACCGGAGGCCCGGUGACCAAGGAACUCACCGUCUGGGGGAGGAGGAGAGAAGGAAGGGGUGGGGGGCCUGGAAAUUUCGUUCUGUAGAGAACUAUUUUUGUUUGUAUUCACUGUCCCCUGUAGGGGGGACUGGGCGGGAGUGCCGGUCACCGCGGGGGCCGAGGGGCGAGAAUCCGAGGAGUAAAGAAUUUGCUCACUGCUGCCUCCA